ACAUCGCGCGUCACGCGCGAACACUGAAUUCACAAAGUCUUUGUUCAUCAAACACACACUCGAUCUAAGCCACUUAUUCUUUAUACUCCUCGUACUGAGUUCCCCAAUACUGCGCCACUUCAUUUUGCGCAAAGCCUCAGGCAUUCAUCGGUUGCUUACAUAUAUCGAAAUCGGCUGAGCCAAGGCCACGGUGUGAAGUUGAAUAUGUCGGUACCUUACUUUGAUCCUUUAGGCGAGACAGGUAAGAGUUCAGGGUCGGUGAGAGACUCGCAUGUUGACUUCAGUUCAGAACCAAACAACACACGCUAUACCCUGACAGUCGUGGUACCACCUAGACCACCGCCACACUGGCUGCCCAGCAUAUUCAAGAAUAAGCCAUCUACCCACUCAAGCAAUGCUGGCGCGCACAAAUUGCCUGUAUCGAACAACAACCCCAACCUCGACCUUUUUGAAUUCAAAGACAUCGGUAUUCUGGCCACCAAGACCAUCACCAUCAAGAGUGCAUGGUUUCCAGCUGAGAUGAGGUGUGCGCAUGUUCAAAAGGGACUGUUGUGUGGAGAACGUUGCUACUUUCUUGAGAAAGGUGGAGACGUGACAAGGUGGUGGUGUAAAAGGGAAGAUUGUGAAGGACAUGUGUACUGCGGACGAGUCAUGACAGAUGACAAAGGAAGAAGUUGUUUUGGUAAGAAGGGAGGAAGAAUGGUGUGCUUGGAAAGGUGAUCAAAGGUUAUGCCUUUGACAAAUAUCUUCGAACACGGAUACAAUGAGCAAUAAUGUGAUAGGAUGGUAUUAUAGUAGUGUGUACUAGGCGACGAUGCGCAGGUAUGUCAUGGUAGAGCGAGAUGCUGUUACAGAAGCGCUAUCAGCGGACACUGACGCUG